AAUACUUGGUCCUUACUGGAAACCAUUUCCUUCUCAUAUGUUUGCUUUGGUGUUCUGGACCUGUGUGUAACUUCAGUCUUGUGGAGCCAGCAAUGGGCAGUGGAGAGAGACUGAAUGUUCACAGGUGAAGUUACUCUGCCAAUUAGUACUACUGAGUACCAUUACCUGAUGGAGAAAGGACUGAAACAAACUUCCAGUCCGUAAGGGAAAAUUUGAUCAGAGUUCCAGUACUUGCUUUCAUCCAGUCAGAUGGCAUAAUAGAAAUGCUACGUUUUGAUGAAGGAGACCUAUUGCAGAAAAACUGCGGGAUGCUUUGUGUUUAAGACUCAUCUUGAUGUAGAAUUGGGAUGCAAUUGGAUAGCACAACUAAGAGGAACUGGGACGUGUUGCAAGAUUCCCAAAUGUAAAGGCAGCCCUUGGGACCAAGUCACCACUGAGUUUAAAGAAAGUUCAAAUUACUGCAGUGAGACUGAGACUACUAUAGGCCUCAGUUCAUAUCAACAGAAAAGUGUAUCCCUAUAUCGGGGAAAUUGCCGGCCUCUCCGGUUUGAGCCACCGAUGCUGGAUUUCCAUGAACAGCCAGUUGGAAUGCCAAAAAUGGAAAAAGUUUACCUACAUAACCCUAGCUCAGAAGAAACAAUUACAUUAGUAUCAAUAUCUGCUACAACAUCACAUUUUCAUGCAUCAUUUUUUCAAAAUAGGAAAAUUCUUCCAGGAGGGAAUACGUCCUUUGAUGUAGUUUUCCUCGCAAGAGUAGUGGGAAAUGUAGAGAACACUUUAUUUAUUAACACUUCUAAUCAUGGGGUAUUUACUUAUCAGGUGUUUGGCAUUGGAGUACCGAACCCCUAUCGAUUGCGCCCAUUUAUUGGGGCACGUGUUCCUGUAAAUAGCAGUUUUUCUCCUAUAAUAAAUAUACAUAACCCUCACAGUGAACCUUUGCAGGUGGUAGAAAUGUAUUCCAGUGGAGGUGAUCUCCAUUUAGAGCUUCCAACAGGUCAGCAAGGAGGUACAAGGAAGCUAUGGGAAAUACCUCCCUAUGAAACAAAAGGAGUGAUGAGAGCCAGCUUUUCUUCAAGAGAAGCAGAUAAUCAUACAGCCUUCAUUAGAAUAAAAACUAAUGCCUCAGACAACACAGAAUUUAUCAUUCUCCCUGUUGAAGUAGAAGUUACAACAGCACCAGGAAUCUAUUCAUCAACAGAAAUGCUAGAUUUUGGUACACUACGAACGCAAGAUCUGCCAAAAAUUUUAAAUCUGCAUUUAUUAAAUUCAGGAACAAAAGAUGUGCCAAUUACAAGUGUUAGACCUACACCACAGAACGAAGCUAUAACAGUACAUUUCAAGCCAGUUACGUUAAAAGCCUCUGAAAGUAAAUAUACCAAAGUUGCAAGUAUUAGUUUUGAUGCAUCAAAAGCAAAAAAAGCAUCACAGGCUUCUGGGAAAAUAACUGUUAAAGCAAAAGAGAAGAGCUACUCCAAACUUGAAAUACCAUAUCAAGCAGAAGUGUUGGAUGGAUAUUUAGAAUUCAAUUUUGCAGUCCUUAUACAUGAUGUUGUGUUACCAGAAGAAGCAAAACCAAUGUUUAAAGUCCAGAACUUCAGUAAACCAGUCUUAAUUCCGCCUAAUGAAUCCAGAUAUAUUUUUACACUUCAUUUUAUGCCUUCCACAUCAUCUGUUCAUAUAGAUAAUAAUAUUUUACUAAUCACCAAUGCUUCUAAAUUUCACCUACCUGUCCGAGCAUACACAGGAUUUUUAGACUACUUUGUACUGCCUCCAAAAACUGAGGAACGAUUUAUAGAUUUUGGCAUAUUGAGUGCAACAGAAGCUACCAGCAUUUUAUUUGCAGUCAUCAACAGCAAUCCAAUAGAGCUGGCUAUAAAAAGUUGGCAUAUUAUAGGGGAUGGUUUGGCCAUAGAACUUCUAACAACUGAGAAGGGAAACAGAACAACGAUAAUUGCAAACCACCAUGAACUACAAAAUGCUAGUGCAUCCGAUCAGUCUUCAGUGAUACUAGCAUCAGGUUAUUAUGCUGUGUUUAGAGUAAAACUAAUGGCAAAAGAACUUGAAGGAAUUCAUGACGGAGCUGUACAAAUCACGACAGAUUAUGAGAUUUUAACUAUACCUGUGAAGGCAGUGAUUGCUGUAGGCUCGCUGACCUGCUCCCCAAAGCAUGUUUUUCUUCCACCUUCUUUUCCGGGGAAAGUAGUUCACCAGAGCCUGAACAUCAUGAACUCCUUUUCUCAGAAAGUGAAAAUACAACACAUACGUUCCCUGUCAGAAGAUAUAAGAUUUUAUUAUAAGAGGCUAAGAAGUAAUAAAGAAGAUUUAGAGCCAGGAAAAAAAUCAAAGAUUGCAAAUAUUUAUUUUGAUCCUGGUUUACAAUGUGGAGACCAUUGUUAUGUAGGAUUGCCUUUUCUAUCUAAAUCGGAAUCUAAAGUUCAGCACAGCAUAGCAAUGCAAGAAGAUGCAUGGGAUUCUGACUGGGAUUUGCAUGAGAAUUUAUUCAAAGAAUGGACAGAAAUAAAAGAAAAUUCAAGCCAUAGACUGAAUGCUGUAUUUGAAGUAGACACAGAUCUUCAGAAGGAUGUCCAGUUGAAAAUUACAGCAGAAAUGGCCUGGCCUUCCAUACUUAGCUCACCACGCCAUCUAAGCUUCCCUCUCACCAAUACAAACAGCUCAUCAGAAGAAGAAAUUUUUCUAGAAAAUCCAGCUGACGUUCCUGUGCACAUUCAGUUCCUUCCUGUAGCUCUGUAUUCUAACCCAUCUACCUUUGUUGAUAAAAUGUUAGAACGAUUUAAUUUGAGUAAGCCAACUGAUUUCAAUCUGAGGACUCUAGAGUUCCAGGUCUUCAGAAAUUGUGUCCAGCCACUACAGAGCACUGUAGGACUUCCAAAGGGCCUGGCUCGUCAUUCAGUUUUAAGCCUAAUAUUAAAACCUGGUGAGAGAAAGUCUGUCAAAGUAAAGUUCACUCCAGUUCUUAACAAAACUGUUUCAUCGUUAAUUGUUAUCAGAAAUAAUUUGACUGUAAUAGAUGCCAUAAUGGUACAAGGACAAGGAACGACUGAGAGCUUGAAGGUUGCAGGCAAACCUCCCAGUGCAGGAAGUUCUUUACGCUUUAAAAUCACAGAAGCAUUAUUAAAAGACUGUUCAGAAAAAAUGAAAUACAAAGAACCGAAUUUCACACUGAGAAGAACAUUUAAAGUGGAAAAUACAGGGCAGCUGCAGAUUAAUGUGAAAACUAUGGAAAUCAGUGGCUAUACAUGUGAAGGAUAUGGAUUUAAAGUAGUUAACUGUCACGAGUUUGCACUAAGUGCCAAUGCCUCUAAAGACAUUGUCAUACUGUUUACACCUGAUUUCACUGCUUCCAGAGUCAUACGUGAAUUAAAAUUCAUCACUGCGGGAGGCUCUGAAUUCGUAUUUAUCUUGAAUGCAUCCCUUCCAUAUCACAUGUUGGCAACAUGUGCAGAAGCGCUACCCAGGCCCAACUGGGAAUUGGCACUAUACGUAAUCAUCUCAGGAAUAAUGAGCGUACUCUUUCUCUUGGUAAUUGGAACAGCCUAUCUAGAAGCUCAAGGGAUAUGGGAGCCAUUUAGGAGACGCUUGUCCUUUGAGGCCUCAAACCCUCCCUUUGAUAUGGGAAGGCCACUUGAUCUCAGGAGAAUAGUUGGAAUUUCAUCUGAUGGAAACUUGAAUGCGCUUGGAUCCGAUUCUAAUCACGGUUCAUCCAGAGGGAUCUACGGAGCAGGCAGUUCAUCUUCACGAUCCAGUGCAGGGAAUCACAAACAAUGCAAUGCAACAGGACACCUUCACAGCAAUAGAAACACACCUGAUGUUGAAAACAUCAAAUCCAAACCCAGUUCAAGCGUACCUAAUAGGACUUCAGCACAAGCAGCUUCCAUGCAGUCAGUGAACAGAGCGGGCCCCUUUGCCUUGGAUUCAGGUGCCCCAGCUCAGACUCACGCCGCAGGCAAAAGAGCCAAGGGGACGAGGCAGAACCAGCAGCCAACGCAGCAGCAGGCGCCGGCUUUGGCAGAGCAGCCCCUCCAGCAACCCCCAGCAUCCGGGCCCCAGCAGCAAGAGCAACAGACUGAAAGUGCUUUGCCACAGCUACCACUUCUCAGCCCACCCCAUGGCGAAUGUGCCAGCAGCAGAAGGCACAGCUCGGAGGAUUCAGAUCUCACUGGGCUCAUAGAAACCAUGGAAAAAGACUUUGACCACCCAGAAUCCCCUUCCCCAGACGUGUUUACAGAGCAGCCCCCAUCUCCACUCGCAAAAAACAAAGGGAAAGGGAAAACACUUCAGCGCAAGGCUAAGCCACAGAAGAAGCGGGAAGAAAAGGAUAGAAGAGGGAAAGGAAAGCAACAGGAGGAUGAGCUGAAGGAUUCCUUGGCAGAUGAUGACAGUUCUUCAACCACAACCGAAACCUCCAACCCAGAUACAGAACCACUUCUCAAAGAGGAACCUGAAAAACAAAAGGGAAAAGUUAUACCAGAAAAACCUGAAAAUGAAAUAGUCCAAGUAAAACAGAAAACGAAAAAACUGCUAUCAAAUAUAAAGAAAGAAAUCCCUGUAGAUGUGAAAACCAGCUCGUUGGAAUUGUCUUGUACUCCCCCACUGGAAAACAAGCAGCGCAAAACCUUUCCGUCCAAGAUACCUACACAGCACCUUUUGACGAAUGGGUCUAAAUCAAGAAACCUCCCCAAAACGAGAGGUCCAAGCAGUAAGUUAAUGGAGAGCAGGCCAUCGGCGUUAGCAAAAUUUCUCCCCAGUGGCUCUGGACAGGAGCUAGGAAACACCAGCAGCUCAGAAGGGGAAAAGGAUUCUCCACCACCAGAGUGGGACUCUGUGCCUCUUCACAAAGCUGGCAGCUCUACGGACAACCUUUAUAAACUCUCUCUACAAACCCUGAACGCAGAUGCUUUCCUGAAGCAGCGACAGCCCUCGCCGACACCCGCCUCUCCAUCUCCCCCUCCUCCCCCCGCAUCUUUAGCUUUUGGGCCACGAGGCGGCACUUACAGCAGCAUUGUGAACAGCAGCUGCAGCAAUGAAACGAAAAGCAAGCAGCCUAAUGGUACCAAACAUAAGCUGGCAAAGGCAGCUUCUCUUCCAGGCAGGAAUGGUAACCCCACUUUUGCUGCUGUGGCUGCAGGUUAUGACAAGAGCCCAGGUGGCAGUGGUUUACCAAAGGUUUCUCCAAGCAAGACAGAUGUUUCCAGCAAUAUCAGCAUUUCCCACACAGUUGUUGAUAGUGAUGGCUCUGACAGUUCGGGUUUGUGGAGUCCUAUCAGCAAUCCCAGCAGUCCCGACUUCACGCCUCUCAAUUCAUUCUCUGCGUUUGGACACUCUUUUAACUUAACUGGUGAGGUUUUUAGCAAACUCGGUUUAGCUCGAUCUGCUUAUGGGCAGGAUGUUCAGAGAAACUGGAGUGAAUUCAGUAAUGUUCCAUCAUCCAUCUGGGACCCUUCAGCUACAGAUUCUGUACCCUCCUGGCCAACAAGCUCGAGUUCCCCGACUCAUACAACUGCAUCGAUCCUUGGCAACCCAAGUGGCCUGUGGUCCACCACUCCAUUCAGCAGUUCCAUUUGGUCAAGUAAUCUCAACAGCGGCCUUCCCUUCACCACUCCAACAAACGCGUUGUCAGGCAUUGAUCUCAUGGGUAGCGAAAACUCCUCCGCUGCUCCUCCUCCGCCCGCUGCUGCCACCAUUGCCAAUCCCGCUGAAGACAUGGGACAGACCUACAAUCCUUGGAGAAUUUGGAGCCCGACGAUUGGAAGGAGAAGUUCAGAUCCUUGGUCUAAUUCACACUACCCUCACGAAAACUGAAGUGAAACAAAAGGAAAGAACUCUUGUCCAGGUCAUGAUACAACUCUGAAUGCAAAUUUUUGAAACAUCAUUUUCAGGCUGUUGCUG